UGCAGUCCAAUCAUUUUUAGUUCACGCAGUCGCUGAUGACCAGAUGACUGCAGAGCUGCAGAGGUGCGGAAUUUUAUACUCUUGUUUUCAAAGUGGAUAAGUAAUUGUCACUCGAUAAGUACUUAAUACUUGUGUACAAGACGAUAUUGCAAAUAACCAAGUACAGCUGAGCGUCGAAGCAUCGCCAUGGGUUUGAUUUGCUCGACGGCACAGACUGCAUGCCUUUGUGGCAGUGCAGCAUGCAGUUUUUGCUGUACUCAAUGCCCCUCAUGCCGCAACAGUACGAGCACUCGUAUAGCAUAUGCCCUGAUGCUGAUGUUGAGCACGAUUCUUGCCUGCAUCGCAUUGGCGCCUGGUCUUAAAGAUCUAUUCAAAAAGCUACCAUUUUGUACAAAUAGCACUGCAAAUGCUUUGAUACCGUCUCAAGUUACAUUAGAGUGUGAUGCUGCUGCAGGAUAUUUGGCUGUAUACAGAAUAUGCUUUGCCACAGCAGCUUUCUUUUUCCUUAUGUCUGCUAUUAUGAUAGGUGUGAAAUCUUCAAAGGAUGCAAGAGCUGGUAUACAAAAUGGUUUUUGGGCCAUCAAGUACCUUAUACUCUUUGUUGGGAUCAUUGGAGCCUUCUUCAUCCCAGGUGGAUCGUUUGGUUCAGUCUGGAUGUACUUUGGGAUGAUUGGUGGCUUUUUGUUCAUACUGAUUCAGCUUAUACUCAUCAUUGACUUUGCUCACAAUUGGGCUGAUUCAUGGGUUGAAAAUUACGAAGAAACAGAAUCUAGAGGAUGGUAUGCAGCUCUGCUUGGUGCUACUUUCUUCAAUUAUAUCUUGUCCAUUAUUGGAGUGGUUCUUUUGUAUACUUACUUCACAGCAUCUGGUGAUUGUGGAUUAAACAAGUUCUUUAUCAUCUUCAAUUUCCUUUUGUGCAUUCUCAUGAGUUCAGUGUCAAUUUUACCAAAAAUUCAAGAACAUCAACCUCGCAGUGGCUUGCUGCAAUCUUCUGUUUUGACUCUUUACAUUAUUUACCUGACAUGGAGUUCCAUCUCAAACAGUCCACACAAAGAAUGUGUCUCUGGGCCCUGGUCAAAUGCGUCUGAUACCACUGUCCCUGAUUCAAAGAAUGAAGCCGUCUUUGAUAAAGAGAGUAUCAUUGGUCUAAUUAUUUGGUUCAGUUGCGUUUUAUACAGCUCCCUCCGUACUGCCUCAAAGUCAAAUAGAAUCACAAUGACGGAACAAGUACUUGUCAAAGACAACGGAGCUGUGCGCAACAUAAAUGACCAGUCUCUUAUCUACAACGAAGUAGAAGGCCGUAGUGGUGACGUUGAAGACGGCGGCUCCAAAGUCUGGGAUAACGAAGAAGAAUCACUCGCCUACAACUGGAGUUUCUUCCACUUCAUGUUUGCUCUUGCCACUAUGUAUGUCAUGAUGACGCUCACCAAUUGGUACCAGCCAAAUGAGGACACCACAUGGAAGUCUAUCAAUGCUAACACUGCCUCAAUGUGGGUUAAAGCCAUUUCGGCAUGGACAUGUAUAGGACUGUACAUUUGGUCAUUAAUUGCACCAGCUGUUUUGACUAAUCGUGAUUUUUCGUAAAUUAAUAAUCUUUUUACUACCCUUUUUUUUGGUAUAUUUCUAAACAUUUGUUCUUAUCGCGUUAAGUUACCUUAAACUUUCUGUUUUUAAUAUAAAAAAAAAAAAAAAAAAAAAAGAUAAGAAAAAAAAACAAGUUUUUUUUCGUUACCUAUAUUCUUUACUGAAAUCACUAUAAAUAACAAUGAAUCUUUUAUGCUCGAUACUCUUUCAUUUAAGUAUAAAAAUAUAAGCGUAUCAUAUGCAGCAUAACAGACAUAUGUAUUUGUCUAAUAGCGUUGCUCUUAUAUAUAUGUUAGACUUGAAAUGUCGGUCAAAAUAAAUGAUUCGAAACUGACAAAAGGCCAUUGAUUGAUGGCCGAUUUUAAAUAAAAUCUGGAAAAAAAGUUCACUGGAAUGCAUUUAAAAGUAGAUGUCAAAGCCAUAUUAUUCUUUGCUCCUUAUGCACCACUGGCUUUGACGUUAUUGGUGUAUUAAACGCUUAUAAAAACAAUAGAUUGUGAUCAGUGAAAAAAGUUUUGUAUAAUAAGUGUCUACGUAAUAUAUAUACAUUAAAGAACGUUUAACAGAUCGAGCCUUGGAUUCAGAUGUUAGUCAUAGAUGUAAUUUCCAUACUUUCUAGUAGAAGCUUUUACAAGCAACCCAACUAAAAUAACAUGUAAAAUGUGUAUUUGAAUUUUUUUUAUUUACAAUACUGUUGUAAAAAUAAACUUGAGUUUUUUCUGUCACAACGUCAUUUUGAACUAAACUUCAUAUGAUUUUUUUUUGUUUUUCUUUAUCUUGAUUAAUUUAACAGUUCAUUGAUCUCAAAUUAUAUUCAGAUAGUAGAUGUAAAAAAUAAAUGAUAGACAUAAAAAAUUGGAAUAUUUUAUGUAUAAUUAAAUUGAGGAUUACCAUUUUGUAAAAACAGUGUAGUCAGAGAGUAUCUGAUGAAUAUUAUAUAAUAUGUUUUAAGUAAACAUUUGUUUGUCUUUGCAAAGUUAACACAACUGUACAAUAAACAACACGUCUUUGCAAAGAUUCGAGAGCUGCAAUUCUUCCUCGUCUAUGUGAUAUAAGCGAAAAAAAAAAGUAAAUAGUGAGUGUUUAUUUGAUUCUUGUCAUGACCCUGUAACGUUUAUUAUUGGAAAAUAAAAAUGAUAAAAAAAUUGCAACACUAA